AGCUUUGGCCUCUGGUGGAGCCCCAUCACUCAUUCAGGCACGCUACGCAACAAGGCUUGCUGCUGCUGCUGCUGCUUCUGCUUCCCAGCCUAAUCUUGUGGCUCACGAGAGCGACCCAGAAAGUUAGGCUACCAGUUGGGUCCUUGCCCAUAAUGUGCGGCGGAGCCAUCAUCGCCGACUUCGUCCCCGCCGGCGCCCGCCGCCCGGCGAGCUCCACCGUCUCCGCCUCCAUCCUCUCCGGCGACGAGCUGGCCAAGGAGGCGCCGGCGAGCAGGGCGCCUGCGCCGGGGCGCAAGACGGCGUACCGCGGGAUCCGGCGCCGGCCCUGGGGCCGCUGGGCGGCGGAGAUCCGCGACCCGCGCAAGGGCGCGCGCGUCUGGCUGGGCACCUACGCCACCCCCGAGGACGCCGCGCGCGCCUACGACGUCGCCGCGCGCGAGAUCCGCGGCGCCAAGGCCAAGCUCAACUUCCCGCCCGCCGUCGGCGCGGGCGGACCCCCGGCGACCAAAAGGCGCCGGACCAAGGUCCCCGCGGCCGAGGAGAGCUCCGGGUCAUCGUUCUCCCCGGCGGCCGCCCUCGUGGGGCCGCCGGCCGUCGGCGGAGCGGAGGAGACGCUGCGCGACUGCAUGUCCGGGCUGGAGGCGUUCCUGGGGCUGCCGCUGGAGGACGCCGACGCCGCGGCGGGUGGCGGCGCCGACGACGUGGAGGCCUGGGACGCCGUCGACCUCAUGUUCGCCUAGUGGCUGGCGUGAACGGCCGCCGGCCGCGGCUGCAGCCUGCAGGCUGUUUUGCAGCUGCCGUUUUGGAUCGACCGAGCAGUAUUUCUGCCGGCAGUGUAGAACUAAUUUCGCACGCCCUGACCCUGCUGCUGGGUGGUGUACGACCGUUUUAUGCAAGUGGCGGGAUAGCUAGUUAAGUUUGUUUUGCUCGUCGGUAAAUAAACCAGAGUGUGAUUAGGAGGAGGAGCUCCAGGCUCUGCUAGUUGCUGCUGGGCAUAGCCUAGCUAGAGAUAGCAUUCCAGAGUGAUUUUGUAUGCUGGCGCUGGGUCACCUCAUGGAUGAGCGUCCGGUACGGUGUCCCAUCAUCAAGCAGUGGCAAGCAACUUCGUUACUGAUGACCAUUAUGAUAUACCAGUAAGAAGGUAUUAUUACAUGCAUGUUUGCAAGUGUAAGAGAUGUUUCAGUUUUCCUCCAUGCAUUCCAAACAUCUUUAUAAGAUGGAAUUUAUGUAAUUACGGGAUCU